GCCAUGGUGUAGGGGAGGCACGGGACCACGCGGAGGGCAGCAAAGCGGCUCCGGCGCUUCUCCGUCCUUCCUCUCUGCCGACGUCGGCCCGCCGUCCCUUCUUUUCCUUUCCCUUCCCCGCCGCGCCGCGCCCGAAGACCCCGCCCAGCACCCAGCGCCUCGGCUGCUCCCGGCGCGCCCCGAGAGCUACGGGGAUCAGAGGCGGCGCCGGCGCCCGGGUGUUACAGCCGGCGUUCUCUACGUCAACCACCGCUCUGAAGAAAGGCACCGGUGUCCUGCGGGGAAAGCCGCUCCCUCCACUGCCCGAGGGGAGCGCGUCGCCUCACCUCUCGAAAAAAGGAAAUGGGCGGUAAAAGCGCAGUCAGACACCAACUGGUUCUGGACGGCCCCCGAGAGGCAGCGAACAGCACUCCCGCGCUUCGCCCGCUAGGAACUGCCGCCACGUCCCGAGCUGCGCCGUUCGCGCCCCUCCCUGCUCCGAGCCCCCGGUGGGGGCUGGGCUGCGGCCGAGCCCGGCACCCGGGCCCCUACCCGCGCCGCGCUGCCGCACCCGCCGUCGGCCCGCUCGGCGCCGACCAUCUCCGGGGCGCAUCUUGCACAAACGGCCGCCGGCUCCGCCAAACAGCAGCUAAGGCACAGCCGGGAAGUCCCCAGGCCACCCGUUCCCCAGCACCCUUCGGGGAAAUCCCGUUCAGUUCUGCAGGAGGCGAAAACGGAACAAACGAAAACCCCUUAACAGUGAAACCGGGCCAGGCGAUGGCCCGGGUGGCGACGGCGACGACUCGACGCGUGCGGACACGAGACCCGUCUCGCGCUCCGCUGCUCCUGUGCGUCCGGACGAACCUUAGAGAUCACUUAAGGAGGCUCGCGCGCUACUCCUCACCACGUGACCGCCCCACCGGGCGGCCCCCCGCGCCGCCAUCUUACAUCCGGGACAGAGGCGGCGUCCCUUUUCCCCGCCUUGGCAAGCUUCGACGUGCCACCAGAAAUCAGCCCCGAAAGAGGGGACCCCGAUUCCACGUCACCGGAGUGCUGAAGCAACGGGCGAUGCCCUCCGUCGGCUCAGCGGGGAAAAGUGGAGUCCCAAACUUUUUUCGGCCUUUGCCCGCAAAGAAGAUGGCGGCGCAUACCGCCGCCUAAGCGGACACGUUGUACCCUGGCCGUGGUUUGAAGUUUCCGGCACCUCCUUUCCCAUCCAGCAAGGACACAAUCAUAAGAGCCCCACCCACGCAGGGUGGCUGCUGAGCUACAUUCCGCAGAAAACAGGCGGGAAGGCUGCGGCACAGCUCGCUUUAAACGCAAACUUCUGGGACUCGUGGUUUUGGCUUUUUCUUUUUAAACCAAGUUAGGGAGAAGGCUGACUGCCAUGGAGCCACUUCUACUUUUGGCCCAGACAACUUACGGGAUUUUUUUUUCCUCCCAUUUAGAGAUUUUUUGUAGGAAGUUAACAAAUUAUUUUAAAGAAAAAGUUAGGGCUUGUCAUAUAAAAUACAGGACGCCCAGUUGAAUUGGAAUUUCAGAUAACCAGUGUUUUGGCAUAUGUGUGUUACAUACAUUUUUUAAAUUGUUUAUCUGAUAUUCCAAUUUAACUGCGCAUUCUCAAUUUUUAAUGACUGAUCUGGCAGCCCUAUCAGCCUUAUCCCUGAAAAUCCAGACUACUCAUGACAAAAGUAAGGAAUGGCGGGAAAUGAAAAGCAUGUUUAGCUACAACUUAGAAUUGUCUUUGCCCAGACUUUGAUCCUUCAUAUCCUUGUAUAAUUCCCUUUCUGGCAAAAUAAGAUUUUUUUUCUUAAGCUAUUACGAUGUAAUGUUGGACAACAGAUCCUUCUGGCCAAGAGGUUUAAUUGCAAAUUAAAAAUUAAAUAACUGGC